AGGAAGUGAUCCAAGUCGUUUUCUACAUACUUUCUUACAUUCAAGGUUACUGAAACAGAAGAAGACGAACCUGAAUUUUAACAGUGCUUCUCUUGCAGCAGCUCUGUUUCCUGUGCUGCUGGUCCGACUGGUCUGACGUCAUUAAUUCACCACAGAAGAAGAAGGAGAAGAUCUGGGUCAGGCUGAAUGCAGGGCGGGUUGUAAAUUAAACUUUGCUCAGAAUUGCUUGCCAAAGAAAGUGUCCAAAGGUCCUCCAGUAUCUGAACGCUUUGCAACGUGUUUAUUAAUGGCUUCUGCAUGGCAAACUGUCCUCUCUGUGCACCAGAGAAUAGUGGACAAUGGAGAUAAGAGGACAGACCCGUGGCUGCUGGUCUACUCCCCUGUCCCUGUGUCCAUCAUCUUCCUGCUUUACCUGGUUGCCGUUUGGCUUGGCCCUCGUCUGAUGAAAAACAGACAACCUGUUGACCUCAGACUCGUUCUCAUUGUUUACAACUUCGCCAUGGUCGGCCUGUCUGCCUAUAUGUUCUACGAGUUCCUGGUCACAUCCUGGCUCUCAAACUACAGCCUCCUCUGUCAGCCUGUAGACUACAGCACCAGCCCACUCGCAAUGAGGAUGGCCAGAGUCUGCUGGUGGUUUUUCUUCUCCAAAGUCAUAGAGCUCAGUGACACGUUCUUCUUCAUCCUGAGAAAGAAGAACAGUCAGGUGACUUUCCUUCAUGUUUACCAUCACGCCACCAUGAUCUUCAACUGGUGGGCGGGAGCCAAGUAUGUGGCAGGAGGACAAUCGUUCUUCAUCGGCCUGGUCAACACCUUUGUCCACAUCGUGAUGUAUUCUUACUACGGCCUCGCUGCCAUCGGGCCUCAAAUGCAGAAGUACCUGUGGUGGAAGAGAUACCUCACGUCUCUUCAGCUGGUGCAGUUUCUGCUGUUCCUCGUGCACACCGGCUACAACCUGUUCACAGAGUGCGACUACCCCGACUCCAUGAACAUGGUGGUGUUUGGUUACUGCAUCAGCCUCAUCAUCCUCUUCAGUAACUUCUACUAUCAGAGCUACCUCAACAAGAAGAAGCAGAAAUAGGACUGAAAAACACACUUUGUGAAAGAAGCCAACAAAGUCUGUCUGCAGUACUCAUGAGCUUCCACUAGAGGGAGCAACAUGUCUGGGAAAUAAGUGUAAGUGAGCCACAUGAACUUUAGCAUUAUUUUGUAAUUUCUAUAGAGGCACACACUUCAUCAUGAUCAUACAAUUAUUUAUUAUUUAAUAGAGAAAUGACAAACAUUCAAAUGACUGCUGUAAACAAACUGUACAUUUUUACACAUAAUAAUAAAGUAGGUUGGUUUCUCUGUA